AAUGAUCCAUUGUUUGCUCAAGAAUUGGCCUUUGCCUCUGUUGCUUAUUAUGUAUCUAUUCAAUGGCUUCUGACUUUCACUCUCCCUUUUCCUCUUCUCAUUGACAAUAAUUCUUGUGAACGUGAAACACCUCAAACACACACUCGGUAUACUACAGACCGUUAUACUUAUCGACUUAUAACGGCCAACUCAUGAUAAGGCUCCCGUAACCCUGUCCUGUCCUAGUCCCACCGCCGAGGAUAUUGAGUCGUGCGUGUUACAGGACUGUUUUUUCUUUCAUGUGAACGACCAUCAAUUUAUCCGAAAGACCUUACGACACGACAACAUGUGUCUGCGCUCUAAUUGAUUUCCUUUGUCUCUCUGCUGACCUUGCAUACUUCGUCGGCAUUACCAAAUAAAACAUAUACACAGACUUGGUCUACUCAGCAUGAUAGACCACGUCUUAGGACGGCCUUCGGUCAAAUCUCGACGACUUCAGGUCCUCGCUGUCUUGACCUUUUGGUCUGCCUAUCUAGUAAAAGGCCACAAACAUGGCCCCCCAGGCGCUCAGUUGCUCUCGAGACUCUUCUCCAAGCGUCUAACAGCAUGGCAAACCGUUGUGAUAACGAUGAUCUACCUAUACGCUGCCCGAAACUUCAGCACUCUGGUCGGACUCGCGAGCCCAGAGCCCCUGGCCAAUAUGUACGAUGCCACAUAUUACCGAGCUACAUGGGUCUUGACGGCGCUGGACGCGGGCUUCUGGACGGCCAUGAAGAUCAAGACAAAAUGGUUGCGCGAUAUGGCGAGUAUAGUCUUCUCGCUCUUCUACCUCGUCGCUGCUGAAAAGGCAGACGAAAAGGUCCGAAAGGUCCGGGGUAUGAUUACCGUUGAGCAUUUGCGUGUGUCCUGGAAUAAGGGCACCUCGCCGUAUCUGAGCUUCUUCCAAGGACUCAUGCGUCCUCGUUUUAUGCGAUGGCCUCCAAGGCAGAUCCGGAUUCCACGGCCCGCUGAUAGCGACUACAAAGAGCCUGUGCUUGCGUGGCUGUACUAUGAUGGUCCUUUGUCAGAUCUUCACCGCCACGAUAGACUGAUUCUCGACAUUCCGGGCGGUGGGUUCGUUGCCAUGGAUCCUCGUUGCAACGACGACAAGUUGUUCUCAUGGGCUGCCAAGUCAGCAUUGCCAAUUCUGAGUCUCGACUAUAAGAAGGCACCUGAGUUCCCGUAUCCAUAUGCACUGAAUGAGUGCUUCGAUGUUUACAGAACUAUUGUAAACACCAAAGGUCGAUGCAUAGGUCUACCAGGCACCGAAGUUCCUCGAAUCAUCGUCACGGGAGAUAGCGCUGGAGGUAAUCUCGCUGUCGCUUCAACAUUGAUGAUCAUGGAGACAAGGCAUUCAGCGUUCCGCAGACCAGGCCAAACAGAACUACCAGCUCCCGACGGACUUGUCUGCUUCUAUCCAGCUUUGGAUAUGAACAUCGGCAACUGGAUGACAGAUGAGCAGAUGUCUUUGAUCAAAGACCGAAAGGCGAGGAAAACGAAUAGAAGAAUUAUGCGACGCAAGAGCAUGCAGUAUAAUGAGCUUGUGGGAACUCCCCAUCACUCUGACGAUGAAGAAGAUGGAUCCCCACCACCUCAUACCAAGUUGAGCGCUUUGACAACGAAAGAAGCCUUGAUUGCGGCAUCUCAAGGACCUAGAAGUCCACACCCUGAGUUCUCCCACGUCGGCCCUCGCUCUCUGAGUUUCCCGAAAGAUGCAUCUGAGACCAACGAGAAGAAGCCGUCUCAUCAUCCUGAACCGAUGAAGACGCGACUAGCUACUUCAUCGAUGAUCUCUUACUUCAACGAUCGAGUUCUUACGCCCGAGAUGAUGAGAGCCAUGAUUAUCUUGUAUAUCGGUGCUCAUAACCGACCUGAUUUCAGCCAGGACUAUCUUCUCAGCCCUGUGUUGGCGCCCGAGGCCUUGCUCGUCGACUUUCCUAAGACAUACUUUAUGACUGGAGAGCGAGAUCCGCUGGUCGAUGAUACAGUCAUCUUUGCAGGACGACUUCGCCGUGCUAAAGAAGCCGCAUUUGUUCAGGAACAGUCGGAAAGAAAUCAGAACGCCGAGUUCAAUGAUAGAGACGCGGCUGAGGUGAUGUUGAUCCCUGGAACAUCUCAUGGCUUCAUGCAAUUCCCAACUGUGUAUCCUCCUGCUUGGCGACACUUUGAGAGAUGCAUCGAUUGGUUCGACCAACUCUUCGACCACGCAGAAGUCAUGCGCGUUCGCAAAGACAGACAAGCCCGAGCCGCGAGGUCCCAAACCAACGGCUUCGGAAUCAACGGCGACGGCCGUCAUCACAUGCGCACCGAGUCCAGCGAGGAAGACCGGCCCCUCGAGAUCAGCAUGACCAAGAUGAACCAGCGACGCAGCUCCAACCAGACAACACCGCAGCAGAGUCCCGACCUCAACGGCGGCAGUGAAAGCGGCGACACGACGCCACGGGCGCACACCAACGGAACGUCUUUAUCAAACGGCGAUAAGAACGCCAAGAGACGCAAGAGUGUGGGUCUCAGCAAGAGCAAGAAUAGAAACAAGAGCCUUGUCAAGCUCAAGAGUUCUGAUGAUCUGCUGGGGAGACGUAUGCAGGGACUUGCGAGCGGGUUGACGGGGAUGGGCGAUGACGACUAGAGAGUAUCUGUGUGUACAUACUGUGCAGCUCGGAAGGGGCGGGAUCUUGCAUUGAGAUGGAUACUGCAUGAUGAUGUGGGUUUUGUCGCAUAAAGCGAGAUGAGUUGCAUCGCGAGGUUGCAUUUUGCGUAGGUUUGUAAGUUGGAGUACACGAUGAGGGCAUAUAUGUUUUCUGUAGUUGAUUCUUACGAAGAUAUGACUGUUUGUAGAUACACAUAGGACACCCUUAUUAGAAUGUUUUUGUACAA